GGGAGGGAUCCCAAUCCCUCCAAACCUACAUAAAUACAUACCUGAUACCACCAACCUUCCUCGCCGCGCCAUUGCCAACCAAUAAUCUAACAGUUAAUUAGCCAUGGCCGCCAUGCUCAUCUCGCGACGCAGCAUCCAGCUCGUCCUCGUCGUCGCCGCCGUGGUCGCCAUCGCCGGAGCUGUCCAUGCUGCCGCGGGGGAGACGACGGCGACGACGACGCACAUCAAGGUGUACUGGCACGACGUGGUGAGCGGGCCGAGCCCGACGGCGGUGCAGGUGGCGAGGGCAGCGACGACCAACUCGUCGGCGAGCUUCUUCGGCGCCGUGGUGGUGAUCGACGACCCGCUGACGUCGGGCCCCGACCUGAACGCCUCGUCGCCGGUGGGCCGCGCCCAGGGCACCUACGUCAGCGCCGGCAAGGACACGGUGGCGCUGCUCAUGAACAUGAACUUCGUCUUCCAGUCCGGCAGGUACAACGGCAGCACCGUCGCCAUCAUGGGCCGCAACGAGGUCUUCGCCGCCGUCCGCGAGAUGGCCGUCGUCGGCGGCACCGGCGUCUUCCGGUGGGCCCGCGGCUACGCCCAGGCCCGGACCCACACCCUCGACAUGAAGACCGGCGACGCCACCGUUGAGUACAACCUCUACAUCAACCACUGAACUAGUCAUCUUUCUCAUGAGUUUUUUUUUACCUUUUCAGAAAUUAUGGAUUUAGUUAGGAGUUAAUUUUUACUUAGCACCAAAUAAUUGAUGAUUAAUCUUGCUUGGCUAGCUUGAUCAAUCGAUCGAUCAGUGUUGUUGUAAUAUAUAGCAGCUGAUUGCUGCUAAAUACUUGGAUUAUACCAGUGACGGAGUGUAUAUGGAGGAUCUAUGUACUGAUCUUCAUAAAUGUAUUUUUAUCGGUGAAGUUGACUGGUA